AUGACCUGCGUCGAACUUGAUUGGGAGUGUGCCGAAGGAAACAAGCGAGAUAGAAUCGAAGCCAGAAACUCCUUCAAACACCAACAACAAAAUUUCUCAAAAAAUGUCAAGGAAAUCAGCAGACGAGGCUUCACUAACAACAACAGCUUCACUAACAACAACAGCUUCACUAACAACAACAGCUAUAGUAGCAACAACAAUGCCACCAACAACACCAACACAUCAGAUAAAAGCUCUAGCUCGUUGAAUUGCUGUGGUGAUUUAUAUUUUCCCAAGAGAUUUAUCUUGCUGAUGUUACUCUUCUUUGGCAUGAUCAUCAUCAACGCCCAGAGGGUCAACAUAGGGGUCACUGUAGUUGCAAUAUUACACAAAACAGCUCCCACCAGAGUGUCUGAUCCCAGAUCUCUCGCCGCUGUAUGUUUUUUCAUUUUGUAA